GUGCAACGACUUUGAUCAUUUUUGUAUCUGAUUUUACGUUGUCUACCUGCUCGCUAUGGCACCUGAAACGUAUCAUUUCCCUUCGUACAGUGCUCGACUGAGGAAGUGCUUCUAGAGAAUUGCAGAAACGCAGAUAAUAUAGUAACGCGAGUUAAACAAUUAAAAACUAGAAAAGUAAUUAAUUAAUUAAUCUAUAACAGUCAAUUGUCGUUAAUUUAUAAAAAACUAGUAAAAUUAGUUUGUAAUAUUACUUGAAGAGGAGAGCAAUAACGCACGUGCGAAGUAUUAAUAGCCAGUUCAGAGAAGAGUGAAAAUCGCAAAAGAAGAAAAGUAAAAAAACUUAAAAAAAAUGAAAUUAACGCAAUUGAAAUGGCGAAACGCAAUUUUCUUAUUCCUCGUAUAUUUGGGAGGAACUGUCGGAACAAGACCAGAAAGUAUACUAGCAGACGUUUUUAUGAAACCGUUUACAUCCCACAAUCUCACUUCACCAGAGUGUAUCCGCGAUAGCAAUUAUUAUUUAAAGGACCUUGCCAUUUAUAUUCCUUGGGCCCUUCAAAUGUACGACGCCUCGGUUAAAAUACCAUGGGGCGUGAUCACCGGCAAUUAUAAACAGCUGGGUAAUUUCGACGAAUGUUUACGGGUGAAGAGUGACUACGGUUUCGUCGGACAGGCUUGCUAUCCGAAGAUACAAUUCGAGAUUACCGCGAAUAAUAAUCAAUCACACCGCGAUUUAGAUCUAGGAGAUCUUCUUGUGAAUGUUGCGAUCGCAUCGAAUGCGACGAAAUGGACCUCAGGAAAAACAGUCCUUUACGAAUUGAUGUGGUGCGUUCCGUCCACCUGCAGUCAUUCCGACGUACGGGAAACUUUAGAGUUCGCAUUGGAUCCAUUAAAAAUCGAAGGACGUGUAGAGAUGGAAAUAUAUGUCCCCAAGGAAUCCUGCUUUACAACGGAAUCUAUUCUUGAAAGUAAAACUUGGGACGUCUAUGAUUAUUCUUACAUAGUGUUACUGAUAUUGGUUGCAAUCACCCUUGUUGUAAUCGGCACGACGUACGAUAUGAUACAACAAAAUCAGACUGCGUCGACACUAAACGAUAUCUUAACGUCGUUCUCCUUACGCAAGAACGUAAAGCAACUGUUGUCGACCGAGAGAAGCCGUGAUUCUAUUAGCUCCGCAGACGGUGUGCGCUGUAUCAGCACAUUUGAAAUCAUAUGGGGUCAUUCAUAUUACAUAUGGGGGACUAGUGUCCUAAUAAACCUCUCGGAAAUUCCACACAUGCAUUACAAAUGGAGCAACAUGCUAACGCUAAACGCGAACAUCGUCACGGACACUUUCCUUCUUCUGAGCGGUAUGCUGCUCUCUUACAACGAACUCAAGAGGAACCAAGCUAAUCCUGACAAUAAGUGGAAUUUCAAAAAUAUAAUAUGGUUUUACGUUCAUCGUUACGUAAGAUUGACGUCAGUCUACGUGUGGAUAAUCGGUUUCUACGCCACUCUAUUCCAUAAAAUCAACACGGGUCCUCAGUGGGAUCUUGUGGUCGGCGCCCAGAAAAACUUCUGUCGCGAGAGUUGGUGGACCAACCUGCUUUACAUUAACAACAUAGUCAAAGUGCCGGAAAUGUGCAUGAGCCAAUCUUGGUACCUGUCAUUGGAUAUGCAGCUUACUUGGUUGUCGCCGCUUUUUUUCUUUUGUAUGCGGAAACGCUAUUUCUACAUUGUCACUGGCAUCCUUUUAUUAUCAUCGUUUUUUAUAAACUUCUUUAUAACCUUCGUUAAUCAAUUAACGGGUACCAUGCUUUAUUACAAGGAACCGAUAGACGACGUGGCCAAUGUUUAUCUAAAAAUCUACAUACAUGUAUACACUAGAUUUGGACCCUACGUCAUUGGUUAUUUUCUAGGACGCAUAUUAUAUGAAACGCGUGGCAACGUCAAACUGCCUAUCCAAAUGUGGCAGGUGAUUAUCGGCUGGCUAAUCGCUAUUCCAUCCUUUCUAUUGGUCGUUUUUUGGCCGCGUUACAUGUACUUCGAUACGUAUGAGUACAACGUAUGGGAAGCAAGUUUUUACGCUGGUUUACAUCGACUGAUUUUUGCGACUGUAAUCGGCUGGAUCAUCUUCUGUUGUGAGAACAAUCACGCAGGUUUUAUAAAACACAUCCUUUCUUGCCGCCUAUGGAUUCCGUUGAGCAAACUCUGCUUCUGCGCUUAUCUUCUUCAUUAUAUAUUUAUAUUUUACGAUGUCGGAAGCGUUCGAACUGCUGGCAAUCUAACAACCAAAGAUAUGUGGUACAAAUACAUCACUAUUGUGGUGUUAACAUUUGUGACGUCCGUACCCGUCAGCCUUUGCUUAGAGAUGCCUUUCCAGUCCAUCUACUCCAUCAUCUGGAAACAGUUCUCCGGGUGUAAACAAAAAAGAAAAUCGACAACGACGGACAAGCCGAAUGUUGACUCUAUAGAAUGCGGCAAUGAAGACAAGGAAAUCUUUCAAUCGAACGAGAAAAUGUCCGACGAAUCGUCGAUUACAUGCGACGAUGUUAAAACUGAACAAUCCGACGUUAAUUGCGUUAGUGUUAACGACGUUAGUUGCGAUAGUAUACACGACAUUAGUUGCGAUAGUAUACACGACAUUAGUUGCGAUAGUGAAUGCAGCGUUUAUCAGGAAAUUGACGAUACUGAAAAAAAUCACGAAAAUAAACUCGACAAUGUACGUUAGGUACGUUAUACAUAAAUUAUCAAGGAAAUUUCUACAUAUAGUGCAAUGUACUUUUCUUCCUUCGGCGUUUAAGAGCACUUAAUCGCGAUUCCGAGCAUCGAUUUCUAGAGUCUCUUUCGUCGAAUGACAACAAUCUACUCCUGAUUAUCUCGCGGGCACCCACGUGAUCGAUAAUACCUGCGUAAUUGUUUUCACAGCAGAAGAUGAUCCAGCCGAUUACAGUCGCAAAAAUCAGUCGAUGUAAACCAGCGUAAAAACUUGCUUCCCAUACGUUGUACUCAUACGCGUCGAAGUACAUGUAACGCGGCCGAAAAGUGAACAACAGGCAAAGUUUUCCCGGUCUUGCUCGCGGUAUCGAUUACCUCCAUGGAACACGCACAGACUCUGCAUUGUUUUUCUCGACUUAUUUUUAUGUUAAUUCGCCUGCUUUGUACAUACACAUAGGAUGCAAUAUGUGUGUCCCCAUCGUGAAGGAAAGGAAAAGUCAGCGUAAAAAGUCAGCGUACUUGAUCUUCGUACCACCGAACUAUUUUAAUAAUUUGACAAGCCAAGUUAGGCUAAGCUAUUUUAAUGUUUGCAAGUGAAAAUUUAUCAUGAGUUCGCUGCUUCGAACAGAAGAGCAGAAUGACGGCAAAGUAAAGUUUAUUACCAAUAAUCCGUGUCAUUAUUUAUUUAGGCCACUUUUACGCUGACAUUUUUUUCCUUCAGAGAUGCGGACACACAUAUUGCACCCUUUGAGUGAGAAGUGAGCGACUUAACGGCCAUAAGUAAGCCGAGAAAACAAUGCAGAGUCUGUGCGUGAACGGAAGUAAUCGAUACCACGAGUAAGACUGGGAAAUUUGCCUGUUAUCCACUUUUCGGAGAAGAUUGUUGUCAUUCAACGAAAGAGAGACUCUAGAAAUCGAUGCUCGAAAUCGCGAUUAAGUGCUCUGAAACGCUGAAAGAAGGAAAAAUACAUCGUACUAUAUGUGGGAAUUUAAUGAUAUUAUUAGCGCACGAAGGGUUGGUGUUAAUGCAGUCGCGACACGUGCGAAAAACACCUCGGGGACACAUUCACUGCCGUGGGAAAGAGAAAUGCGAAUUUUCAGGAACUGCACUAUUAAAGUUAAAUGUACGCGAAAGGUUUUUCGUGCUGAGAAAGAGAGAGAUUCUUUUAAUUAUUCAGUUCUAAUUAAAAAAAUAAAUGUAUUUAUUAAAACUUUAAUAACAAUUAAAGAUAUUUCAAUCUUGUGAUUUUUUAUAUUUUAUAUAAACAAAUAAAUCUCCGAACAAAAGUUUGCUAUUCGAAGUCUCUCAGCACGAAGAACCUUUCGCGUACAUUUAAUUUUAAUAGCGCAGUUUCUGAAAAUCCGCAAAAAUUAUUAAGCCCAAAAGUUAUUUAAUCUAGUUAA